CGCAAGCAACAGACCAAAAUAAAAACAACGAGGUCUUGUGCAAAAUAACAACGAUGGCGUUUGAAAUACCCCCGUGGGAUAAGGGCGCUCAAGUAAUUAAAUUUAAACCUGUGCAAACGCCAAGCAAUGGAACGGCCAUUAAAUCGGUGUCCAAAAAACUCAAGAAGAAGAAACCCAAAACUAAGAAAAAACAAACUAAGCAAACUACGAAUGAAAGUAGCUCUACUUUUCGCAUGGGCAGAGGACCAUUGGCACCACCUGCCAAUUCCGAUUCCUCAGACGACGAUGCGGACGAGGGCAUUCGAGCCAUGCAUAAGGUAAGAAUCGGCCGCAUAGAAAAACAAAAAGCAACGCCAGCUGGAAAAAAUGCAAAGGAAAACAAGAAGCAGUUGAAUUUAAAACCGGCACUUGUGCAAGCUGCAGUGGAAGCCAUGGAGGCUACCCCAACGCCGACGCCACAGCCAGCCUCGUUGGCCAACAAAUUUCAAACCGAGCUGAUGGGCGGACGUUUCCGUUAUAUCAACGAGCAGCUGUACACAAUGGAUAGCAAAAAAGCAGAAUCCCUUUUCCGCUCCGAUGUUGAUGCCUUUGCGGCUUACCAUGCCGGCUAUCGGCAGCAGGUUGAAAAAUGGCCCGCAAAUCCGCUGACACGUAUCAUCAAGAUGGUUAAGCGGCUGCCCAAGACGGCAGUCAUCGGAGAUUUCGGCUGCGGCGAGGGCAAACUUGCAGAAUCUGUGCCCAACAAGGUGUACUCAAUGGAUUUAGUUUCAUCAAAGCCCAAUAUAAUUGCCUGCAAUAUAACCAACACACACCUGGAAGCGCAAUCUCUAGACGUAGCUGUGUACUGCCUGUCCCUGAUGGGCACCAACCUGAAUGAUUACCUGCUGGAGGCAAACCGCGUGCUCAAGCUGCAUGGCAAUGUGUACAUUGCAGAGAUUCAGUCACGCUUUGAGGAUGUGCGUGAGUUUGUACGUAGUAUGACUGCCCUCGGCUUUGAUCUGGUCAAGAAGGAUGUGGCAAUGAACUAUUUCUACUUUUUCCAUUUUCGCAAAAUGCGCCAUGUGGGCAAGGUGGUCAAGCUAAAGCCCUUCUCGCUAAAACCGUGCCUAUACCGCAAGCGAUAGAAUUACAAAUUACUGUACAUUAAAUAAAAUGUA